CAGCAUCUUCCGUAGGGUCUCUCGGAUACGUUUACAUGCCCUCUUGAAUCUGCUACCGAUUCUUCCGCAAUAUUGAGUCCCCAGAUGAAGAAGCAUCGAUUCCUAGAUCAACUGAUCGGCUGCAGCUUUCGGUCGUACCUGUCUGCAAGAUUCAACAACGACCACCUGUUCCUUCCCACUACGGGCUGUUGGCUCUGGAACGAACCCCAAAAAUUACAGCAACAUAUCUUGAGAUUCGAUGUGAAGGCCCUGAAGCAUGUCGUCGCAAACAUCGCCGGAUUGGAAGGACAAUCUGGCCGUGUUAAACUCAAGAAGCUUGCGGAAGGUGCUUCAAACAAGGUAAUGACUGCUACCAUUGGUCAGCGGCGGCUUAUCGUCAAGAUUCCUGAUCCUCUUGUCCCGCGGCGUCUAGUCACGGCUAGCGAGGUGGCCACACUGGAGUUUUUGAGAGUCGAGUUAGAAUUACCAGUACCAAAAGUGUUGGCUUGGAGCGACAGUAAUGGCAAUACAGUCGGAUGCGAAUAUAUUGUUAUGGAAAAAGCGGCCGGGAAAGACCUCAAAAGCAGAUGGUCCGCUCUCAGCAUCAAGCAGCGAUUUGCUGUUGUGGAUGAAAUCAUUGCGAUCCAAGAGCGCCUGCUUGAAGCCAGCAGUUACUUUCAAGGUUAUGGCAGCCUUUACUUUACCAAGGAUGCUAUAAAGUUCAAGUUCCAACGGCGGAUUGAAGUGUCUGCAACGAAGUCUUCCAGGUUCUGUCUAGGCCCGUUGGCGCAUGAGCACUUCAUGGGACAGGCUCUGUGGAAAUCAGGCGUUAACUCUGGUCCUUGGCGUACUUCUCACGAUUAUCUUGAUUCCCUUGCACGUUCAUCUUUAUUGCAGAUUAGGAGUCGCGCCCGCGAAGGAACACCGGCGGUCAACAGUCGACCCUUUUCUUUUCCAAUCAAACCAGUUAGCGACUUGUCAAAUGCAGCAGUAUGUCGGAUGCUCGAAACCGUUUGUGCGAUAACACCACACCUCGUUCCCCGGUCCGCUGAUCAGUGCCUACCGCUCUUGUGGCACCCCGACCUUCACGAUGGGAAUAUUUUUAUUUCUAAUGAAGGGAAAGUUACUAGCCUUAUUGAUUGGCAAGAUGCGAAUGUCUUACCGUUGUUUCUCACACUGCGAAAACCACAGUUUUUGGAUUUGGCUGAUGAUGCCCAGUUGUUUGAGUUGCCAAAGGGCCUGAAGGAAAUGUCCCCCUCUGUGAGAUCCGAGAUUUGGGAAAGAUUCAAUAAGUCUAUGCUACAGGGAUACUAUCUGGCCCAUUUCAGGGAAAAUUUACCUGCAGCAGCAGCGGUCUAUGACGAUAAGCAGAUAAACCCGCUACGAAGACAGCUUGGAAAUUAUGCACGCACUUCCGACGGUUACGAUGCCGGUGCGCUCAUGCUCAGAAAUACAUUACUUCAAAUCCGACAGAAAUGGGCACAGUUCGCUGGAGAUGAUGGGACCGAGAAUGCUCUUCCAUGUCCCAUCCACUUUGGUGAUGACGAACUAGAAAAGCACUAUGAAGAUGGACGAAGACUCAAUGGAUUUCGUGACAUUCUUGAAGCCAGCGAUAUACGUACCACAUUUCCUCUGGAAGGAUGGGUACCAGUUGACUUAUUUGAUGAAUGGAAGGACGGUCUUAAGAAGGUGAUCAGGGAGGUUAUGGAGUCCCUGGGAAACCAGGAAGAGCGUAAAGAGUUUCAGGAAAGACUUCGUCUGUGGAAUUUGACCGCCUGA